CGCCAAUGCUGCGUUUGAAGUUAGCUAUCACACUUUAUAAUUGUUCUGAGUCUGCUAAAAAACCGGUGUGCUAAAAAACCGGUCUGCUAAAAUUCCUAGACCCUUUUUCACUUUUUAUGCUAAAAGAUUGGUCUGCUAAACGAUCGGUCCCCAUGCAGCACACCGAAUUUGCUCUUAUUCAACUAGCUACUAUAUAUACCACAAAUAUUCACAUUUACUUUCACAUGAAGCUAUUAGACCAAAAAAUUUGCAGUAACACAGAGCUUUACGGUUACCUAAAAAAGUCUUUAUGCACGUCACAGCUAGAACAUAACAUCACAGUAAUUCGAGUUUAGAGCUUAAAACUGCAUUCGAAUCCAAUCAAUCAACUCAACAGUCUAAGUUGCAACUGAAAUUUAACAACCGAGUAAUAAUUAUUUACUGUUUACUUAAACAUUGACCAUUCGUCAUUUUGUUGCAUACUUCGAAUCGCAGUGUUUUAAAACUGUGCUUUAGCCAAAAAUUCAAACUGUAUCACGUGAAACGAGAUCCAAAAACUACCGAGACCGAAAUGGAUACUAGCCAACCCGAAGAAAUCCCUCAGCACUUUCUGUGCCCCAUAACUCUCGCUAUUAUGAAUGACCCGGUGAUUGACAACGAAGGCGUCAGCUACGAACGCGAGGCGAUCGUCGAAUGGCUUAAUGCCGGAAACUCAACCUCGCCUACCACCGGGAAGGUACUGACUGUCAACGAUCUUCGACCGAACAGGGCAUUACGGGAGGCAAUUGAGAAGCACCUUGGAGUGGAAGGAAUAGUGCAAUCGCCUCCUCGCAGUACGGAGAGCAUGCCUGAAAGUGGAUCUGCUUCGCAACCGCAGACAACUUUGGCCGGAAUGGUAAUUGAUCAAGCAUCCAGCUCGCAAGUGUCUGUGGAACUUGACCUCAACAUGAAAUACGACGGACACAACAUGCUCAUCUCCAUCGAGCCCCCCGAAUCAACACAGUGCGUUAGGAGCUCUAUCUGCUGUGUUGUUGAUGUCUCUGGAUCUAUGGGAACCGAAGCCACAAUUCAAAACGAGAAGGGCGAAACUGAAACGUUUGGAUUGUCAGUUCUCGACGUCACUAAACAUGCAUUGAAGACCAUCGUCAAAAGUCUCACUCCUCAAGAUGAAUUCUCAUUGAUCACUUUUUGCAGCACAGUUUCAGUCGAGUUGGAACCGAGACUUAUGACGCCAGCUGCAGUUGAAAAUACUUUGGAGAGGAUUGACGGGCUGUCUGAAAAAGACAUGACUAAUUUGUGGGGAGGACUGAAGAAAGGGUUAGAACUUCUGACGGAAAGCAGACCAAAGACCGACAACGUGGCACUGUUUCUCUUAACAGACGGACUGCCAAACAUUGGACCAGCUAAGGGCGAGUCUAAGACCCUCGAAGACUUCAAAAAGAACAACAAAGGUCUGCCCGGUCGCAUCCACACUUUCGGCUUCGGAUACAGCAUGAACAGUGUCAUGCUCUCGGAAGUUUCUUCAAUCGGAGGCGGACUUUAUUCCUUCAUUCCCGACUGCUCAUUUGUCGGAACUGUCUUCGUGAAUGCUGUUGCAAACCAUAUUACUACUGCGGCUUAUAACUUGACUCUAGAGGUCAACGGAAAAAACGUGGUAAUUGAGAAGGGUGAUCACUUGGCCUACGGUCCGCAAGCCGAUGAUAAGAGUCGUGCGAUUUCGUUCGGAUCGAUUCAAUUCGGGCAGUCUAAGGAUGUCGUGUUUCCACUCAAGAAAGUCAAAGGUUUGCUGGGUCGAAGUGAGCCUUCAUUGGAUGUAACAUUGAAGUACUACACUGGAGGCAAUAAGAAAACGUUGGAAAAGAGCUACGACUGGGACAGACAACCUGAACAGAGCGAAGAUAUCAAGUACCAAAGAAUGCGCUUGGCACUUGUCAAGGGUAUUCAGGACGUCCUAGACGUCAGCGGGCUCACGUUCCAAAGCCACAAUUUCACUGCACGGGAGCUGAAUAACAAGGGCCGCAAAAGACUUCGAACUCUUGAGAAGCGACUGAAGGAGCUCACGAACACGAAUGAGCCAAGGUCAACUGACCUUCUGAAAGACUUGACAGGACAGAUAGCGGAGGCCUUUUCCAAAGACGAGUGGUUCUUCAGAUGGGGAGCCCAUUUCUGCCUGUCAAUCACACUGGCUCAUUUGCACCAGGUCUGCAACAACUUCAAGGACCCCGGAGUCCAACACUACAGCAGUGAGCUUUUCAGCGAAACGCGCGAUAAACUGGAUGAAAUUUUCAUCACGCUUCCAGCUCCCAAACCUACUGCUAGAAGCCACCACAGAGGAACCAACUACAACGCAGCACCUGUAAGCAUGUCUUCGUUUAUGAACGUUCGUGGUGGUUGCUUUCUGGGCUCCAGCUUGGUCCAUAUGGCUGGUCGAAAAUUCCGGAGGGCUGACCAGAUAAAGAAAGGUGACAAAGUAUUGACAGGAGCCGGUCUAAUUGAUGAGAUAGAAUGCGUGUUGAAGACUUGUUACGACGAGGACGAACCUCAACUUCUGUAUCAAAUCAACGAAAACCUCGUCGCCACUGCUUGGCACCCUGUAAAAAACGAGGCCCAUCAAUGGACAUUCCCAGCUGAAUCGAGCUCAGCAAAGGCCAUCGCAGUCUGCACAGAAGGCGUGUACACUUUCCUGCUCAAGAACAGAGGUACUAUUUUACUCGGUGACACUGAAUGCGCAACUCUUGCUCAUGGUCUGCAAGGUGAAGUGAUUGAACACGAGUUUCUGGGAACUGAGACUGUGGCAGCUGAUUUGAAACGAUUCGAUCAGUUCCAAUCUGGACUAGUAGAAGUGACACAAGAAGCGUUCCAGAGGAAUCCAGAUACCGGAAGAAUCAAUGCUAUCAGGAUGAAUUAACUUAUCCGCUUCAAAGACAAAUCGCUAAAAAGCUUUUGUAGAUGACCAAAAAUCUAUAAUAACAUUGUUUCAGCUUGCAAAUGGUCGGAACAAAAAAAAGCAAAUUUGAUACAAAACGAGCAGUGGAGAAAAGCUAGCAAAGUUGUUGGCUAAACAAAUCAAACAUAGCCUAAAAUUUCUUUAAGAAAAUCGUAAAUGAUUCCUGAAAAACAUGACAAAACGAUGCUUCUAAUUUGUAUGAUUGCUCAUUUCGGUAAAUUUGUCUGUUGGUUUCCAUUGGUGACUUUAUGUCAGAAACCACUUAUUUCAAAACGUACGCAACAUUUAAAACAUAAUGUGAAAAACAUUGGAUCAUAUGCGUUAAAGAUAUACGCCAUUACCACCUGCUUAAGUGACGGCAACACACCUAAUAGCUGAACUCUGAUACUGCAGACCUCAAAUGCAACUUUAUGACGCCAUAGUAACCUUCGCCACCAUCUCCAAACAUGCUAAAAGUCUAUUUUACUUUAAGAAAGCCUGCUGCUCAAAAAAUUAGCAAAUUCGUAUAGAGGUAUUAUCAGCAGAGCUAGAAAAACCAAAAUGGCAUACUUAGCUAAACUCAACGACAUUUUCAAAACUUGCUAUCGGCGAAAACCUCCCGUGUACGCCUCUACUUGCAUUUCUAAAAAUUAGCGGCUAAGCUCAAGUUUGAGUUAUCUGUUUUAUUACUUUGAUGUAUGUUGCGAAGAAUAUGUUGUGAUGA